AUGGGCUGCCGCGCCCGCCUACUUUGGCUGCUGUUCUUCCACGCUGCGAUUCAACCUGAAGCAGCUUGUUACAGGAGAGACAUCAGAGGAUCCGGUGCAAGGCUGGAGAAGGGACGGCCGAUGAGAAGCCCAGUCCAAGGCAUGUCCAUGGAACAGCAAGAUGGGACAGGCCAGGAGCCAGUGGCGAGGCCCCAAGGUGAUAGAAAUCCAGCAACCAUAUUAUCAGUUUUGCCUGCUGCCAUCUCAGCUCAGCCAUCUUCUAAACUCGCCUUGAGUUCCACCGCAUCAGUUGUAUCUGUGGUUGACUCUGCACCUGCAAGCCGAAGAGUACAUGCACUCAGGCUCGGCCUCCAAGGUGCCGACAGUUCACGGGACCUCACUGCAGCAACAGACCCUGAAAAUCCCACCCUGUCAUACAAACCAUCGGGAGGCUGGGCCCCUGUGAGGCUGGCAGGCCACCACGGGAGCUGUGCAGGCCGGGUAGAACUCUUCUACCAGGGAGUCUGGGGGACUGUGUGUGAUGACCUCUGGGGCCUUCCAGAAGCAAACAUCAUCUGCAGGCAACUGGGGUGCGGCAGGGCUGUUUCAGCCUUGAGUGAAGCUUACUUUGGGGAAGGUUCUGGAAAGAUUCUCCUUGACAACGUGCAUUGCAAGGGACACGAGGAGCACCUGGAGGAGUGCUCCCAUGUUGGCUGGUUCUCCCACAACUGCGCUCACAGUGAAGACGCUGGUGUCAUCUGUUCAGGCGCUGACUAUGCAAUGACCACGCUAUCAGAUGCCCCAUUGGCUCUCAUGGAAGGAACAAUGAAUCCAGAAAAAUCUCAGUGUGGUGGAGUUAUUACCAAAGCACCUGGCAAAAUUAAGAACCCCCCAAUGAAUGAAAUGCAUGACAACAUAACCUGUGUGUGGGAAAUCAGGGCAAAUGCCUCUGAUCAUAUACGGCUGGCAUUCCCAUCUCUCGACCUCGACUGCACCAAUGAAUACUUUGAAAUCCUGGAUGGCCCUCCAUCUUCUACCAAGUCCUUGGGGAAGCCCUGCCGUGGGUCGCACAUCACCUUUGCAUCCCAUUCCAGCUCAAUGACCCUCGUGUACUUCCGAGGCGAGAACAACAUUGGGAAAAAUUUCAUGGCUUAUUAUUAUUUCGAAGCCAAAGAGAUGACAUCAUCAAAGACCCCGUAUCUUAUCACCAUCCCCACAGCAACUUCCAAGAUGGUAACAGAAAGACCACAAUCCUCAAAGCCCGUACAGCCUACAAAUCCUCCCAGUGGGAGUCUCUCACUUCUUCCUGCUCCUGACCCAGGGAAUUGGCCAGAGCUGCGGCUGGUGGGUGGCUCCAAUCGGUGCUCAGGGCGCGCGGAGAUUCUCUACCAGGGAGUCUGGGGCACUGUGUGUGAUGACCUGUGGGACUUGAAUGAAGCUGAGGUCGUAUGCAGACAGCUGGGGUGUGGCCAGGCGGUGUCUGCCCUUGGCAAGGCCUACUUUGGCCCUGGUUCAGGAGAUAUCUUCCUAGACAACCUCCAGUGUGCUGGGGUGGAGCACUUCCUGGGCCAGUGUGCCCAUUCUGGCUGGUCAGACCACAACUGUGGCCAUCAUGAAGAUGCUGGUGUCAUCUGCUCAGAUGCUGAACAACCUCUGUCGAAUGUUCCAGGAGACUGGCCAGAGAUUCGCCUGGUGGGUGGCUCCAGUCGGUGCUCAGGACGAGUGGAGAUCCUUCAUCAGGGAGUCUGGGGCACUGUGUGCGAUGACUUGUGGGGUUCAAACGAAGCUGAGGUUGUGUGCCGCCAGCUAGAGUGUGGCCAGGCUAUUUCUAGUCUCGGGGAGGCCUACUUUGGCCCAGGCUCAGGAGACAUCUUCCUGGACAACAUUCAGUGUUCUGGGAUGGAACAUUACCUCGGCCAGUGUCCACAUUCGGGAUGGUCAGAACACAACUGCGGCCACCACGAGGAUGCUGGUGUCAUCUGCUCAGAUUCAGAUGGCCCUCCUCCUCCUGUGCCGCCAGGUCCUCCUCCAACUUCUCAGGAUCCAAUAACAGGAGGAAGUAGAUCUUGUGGAGGGGUCAUUUCCAGUCUCUCUGGUUCCUUUUCGAGUCCACGGUACCCCGAAAACUACCCAACAGACAUCCAGUGUGUUUGGGAGAUCCAUGUGGGGAAAAACUUCCGCAUAGAGCUUAUGAUUCCAAAUUUGAACCUGGAAGAUAUCCUUGGAUGUCCCUAUGACUCAGUUGAGAUCUUCGAUGGCCCCAGAAUUGCAUCGCUCUCCAUGGGGAAGUUCUGUGCUCCGUCCGCUGUGGUAUUUUUCUCCUCCUCAGACAUCUUGACAGUGGUGUUCCGCAGUGAUUAUAUGACAACAAACACUGGUUUUUAUGCUUUUUUCAAUGCAAUUCCACAAGAUGGAAGGGAGUCAGGAGACAAACCAGUGCUGCGGCUGGCAGGCAGCGCUGGACAGUGCUCGGGGCGUGUGGAGGUGCUCCACCAGGGGGCCUGGGGCACCGUGUGUGAUGACUUGUGGGACAUGAACGAAGCUGAGGUUGUGUGCAGACAGCUGGGGUGUGGCCAUGCUGUUGCUGCUCCUGGAAGUGCCUACUUUGGCCCAGGCUCUGGAAAUAUCCUGCUAGACAACAUUCAGUGUUCAGGAAAAGAGAAUCACUUUGGCCAGUGCCCAAGCUCUGCCUGGUUGGACCACAACUGCGGCCACCAUGAGGAUGCUGGAGUUAUCUGCUCAGAUGCAGAGGUGACUCCUUCACCCACAGAAGGAAGUCACUCUUGUGGAGGAGUAAUUUCAAGUCUCUCAGGCUCCUUCUCCAGUCCUUGGUAUCCGACUAACUACCCGACUGACACGGAGUGCGUCUGGGAGAUACGUGUGGCUGAGAAGUUCAACAUAGAACUGACAAUCCCAAGUGUGAAACUAGAGGACAUCUAUGGGUGCCCUUACGACUUUGUCGAGGUGUUCGAUGGACAGCCAGUUGCCUCACUCUCCAUGGGCAAAGUCUGUGGUGGGGCAGAGCUCACGUUCCUCUCCUCUUCAAACUUCAUGACCGUGGUGUUUAAAAGUGACACCAUGAUCACCAACACAGGGUUCUAUGCUCUGUACAACACCGUUCAGCAAGACGAAAGGGAAAAUGGUAUGGCCUUGAGACUGGUGAAUGGCAGCCACAGGUGUGAGGGCCGAGUAGAGAUCUUUUACAAUGGUACCUGGGGCACAGUAUGUGAUGACAGCUGGGACCUGGCAGAUGCCAAGGUGGUGUGCCAGCAGCUCGGCUGUGGUAAGGCCAUGUCAGCCCCAGCUGAGAGCUACUUUGAUAAAGGCAUGGGCCAUAUCGUGCUGGACGAUGUGCAAUGCAUGGGGGAUGAAACCAAGGUGUGGCAGUGCACACAUCACGGAUGGUUCUCCCACAACUGUGGGCACAAUGAGGAUGCCAGCGUGGUCUGCUCAGGUAUUGACGACACACCAAGUGGAGGACCAGCAGAUGAAAAUUUCCAUUGUGGUGGUUUGCUCACAAAUAGUUCAGGCUCCUUUUCCAGUCCUUGGUAUCCUAAAAAAUAUCCCACCAAUGCAGUAUGUGUCUGGGACAUACAAGUGGAGACCAGCGCUCAUAUCAGACUCGCCUUUGAAGUGGUCAAGAUGGAAAACUUCUAUGGCUGCCCUUAUGACUUCAUUGAAAUUUUUGAUGGCCCGCGGAGUGAAUCAUUUUCACUGGGGAGAUUCUGCUCAGAAACAAUCCCAGUAUUUACCUCUUCUUCAAGCCACAUGAGCGUGGUAUUCCACAGUGAUGCAAUUGUCACCAAUAUUGGAUUCUUUGCAUCUUAUGAGUCUCUGUUACAGGACGAGAAAGACACGGAUGUGGUGCUCAGACUAGCCAACGGCAGCCACCCAUGUGAGGGCCGCGUUGAGCUCUGCUACAAUAGCAGCUGGGGCACAGUGUGUGAUGACAGCUGGGACCUGAGAGAUGCCCAGGUCGUGUGCCGGCAACUGGGCUGUGGUGGGGCUGUGGCAGCCACUGGCCGAGCACAUUUUGAGCGAGGCCUAGGCCCCAUUGUGUUGGAUGAUAUGGAGUGCAUGGGAACAGAAGCCAGACUGUGGCAGUGCCUCCACAGUGGCUGGUUCACCCACAACUGUGGUCACCAUGAAGAUGCUGGUGUCAUCUGCUCAGGCUCUCUGUCCCACUCAGCACCAUCAUUUCCUGGGGAUGAUAUGAUUUCAGCAUGGCCAGUAAAGCAGCCAGAGGUGACUACGUCAACAGGUCUGGACCUACGGCUGGUGAACGGGACAAGCAGGUGUGAAGGCCGAGUUGAAGUGUACUAUGCCAACACCUGGGGCACCGUGUGUGACGACAACUGGUCCAUAGAGGAUGCCCAUGUGGUCUGCAGACAGCUUGGCUGUGGUCCAGCUUUAUCCGCCCUGCCAGGCACCACUUUCAGUCCUGGGUCAGGCAGCAUCAUCCUUGAUGAUGUCAACUGCACUGGAAGGGAGUCUUCCUUGGCACAGUGCCCUCACAGGGAAUGGCUCACCCACAACUGUGGGCACCAGGAAGACGCUGGUGUCAUCUGUUCAGACUCUCCGGAUAACGGACAUCCAGCUGCUUCAGCACCCAAGGAGGAACAUCCACAUGGUUUCCACCCGAUAGAUCUACAUUUGGUGAGACUGGCUGAUGGGAGAAGCCACUGUGAGGGCCGAGUAGAAGUCUACUUCAAUGGGACCUGGGGGUCUGUGUGUGAUGAUCUUUGGAGCAUACAGGCCGCCCAAGUGGUGUGUCAACAAUUGGGCUGUGGGGUGGCCCUGGCAGCCCCCAGGAGCAGUCUGUUUGGCGAUGGCUCUGGCCCCAUCUUCCUAGACGAUGUGAGGUGCUUGGGCACAGAGACCAACCUGGGGCGCUGCCACCACCUCGGCCUGUCUGUGCACAACUGUGAGCACCGUGAAGACGCGGGAGCCAUCUGUUCAGCUGUUGGUGUUGCCUCAGCUUUGACAGAAGUGGCCCCCACAGUUGACCAGCUCACCAUCAGGUUGGUGGAUGGAAAGGACCGGUGUGAAGGACGAGUGGAAGUUCAUCAUAAUGGCACAUGGGGCACUGUUUGUGAUGACCUUUGGGACAUCGAGGAUGCCCAUGUGGCAUGCAGACAGCUGGACUGUGGGGAGGGUGCCAGUGCCCUUGGGAGUGGCCAUUUUGGAGAGGGCGUGGGGAGCAUCUUCCUGGAUGACGUGAAGUGCCAGGGCAGUGAGACCUCGCUAGGCCAGUGCCACCACCAAGGCUUGUCUGUCCACAACUGUGGUCACCACGAAGACGCCGGUGUCAUCUGCUCAGGCAUCACUCCGACUCUUGAUGAAGGAACUCCUCCUUCUCCUGAAAAGGGCCUCUACCCACCACACAGCACAGCCUUUUUGACAACUCAUACUCCAGUAAAAGGAAAUGCUUCUCCUGAUAAGAACCUCUACCCACCACACAAUACAGAUACAUCUUCAGUCUCGGCAGAGGAAGAGACGUCCUCUGAUGCAUCUUCAGCCUCGGAAGAAGACAAAACAUCCUCAGAUGUAUCAUCAUCCGCAGAAGUGACCUCCUCUGAAGUUUCUUCAACCUCUGCAGAAACAAGUUCUUCAAAUGAUGCAUCUUCAGCCACAGCAGACGAGACCUCCUCAGAUAUGUCUUCAACCUCAGCAGAAGAGAAGAGUGCAGAGCCAACGGGCACAUCUUCAGCCUCAGCAGACGAUACAUCUUCUGAUGCAUCUUCAGCUUCUGCAGAAGACACCUCCUCUGAAAUGUCUUCAUCCUCAGCAGAAUCAAGCUCUCCAACUGGCGUUUCUUCAACCUCCGCAGACUCACACCUUCCAAAUGAUGCUUCUUCAGCGUCAGCAGAAGGGACCUCUUCAGAUGCAUCUUCAGGCUCUGCAGAAGACACCUCCUCUGGUAUUUCUUCAUCCUCAGCAGAAGCAAGCUCUUCAAAUGAUAUGUCUUCAGCCCCAGGAAAAGGAAAGAGUGGAAAGACAAGUGAUGCAUUAACCUCUGCAGAAGAAGAGGCAUCCUCAGAUAUGUCUUCAACCUCAGCAGAAUCGAGUUCUACGAGUGAUACGUCUUCAACCUCAGCAGAAGAGGCGAGCUCUGCUGAUACUUCUUCAACUUCAGCAGAAGCAAGCUCUGCAAAUGAUAUUUCUUCACCCUCAGCAGAACUGACGACUCCAAGUGGCACAGUUGCAACACUGACAAAAGCGACCUCAUCGCCUGACCUGCCUCUGCGCCUGGUGGGUGGGCGGAACCGCUGUGUGGGCCGGCUGGAGGUGCGGCACCAGGGUGUGUGGGGAACUGUGUGCGAUGACCGCUGGAAUAUCAAGAACGCCCGAGUUGUGUGCCGCCUCCUGGGCUGCGGUCCAGCGCUAGGCGCUCCGGGUAGAAGCCACUUCGGGGCCGGCACAGGCCCCAUCCUGAUGAAUGAAGUGCGCUGCUCGGGCACAGAGGACUCUCUGGAGAGCUGCGCCCACGCCGGCUGGACCACACACAACUGCCGCCACCACGAGGAUGCGAGUGUGGUCUGUGCAGGUCCAAAAGACUCUCUCGUGCCCAAGGAUAAUGCGCAGCUGUCCUGCUUGCCUCACCUCUUCCAAGCCGUCAUUGACCGAGGCUAUCUGCGGAGACUGGGGUACUCCUCUUGGGACAUCCACUUAAAUGACAGGAUGUGUCGCCCCCAAGUCACUGGGCGUUACCUCAUCUUCAGUAUUCCUUAUGGCCACUGUGGGACCAUCAGGCAGGAGCACCAAGGCUCUCUCAGCUACUCCAACUCCAUCAGAGGCAGAACGCAAAGCCACCCUGGCCGAGUCAUUGUAAGGCACAAGGUACCCCAGGUGAAAUUCACCUGCAAGGUGGAUGGCCAGUCUGCAGUUGAAAUUGUGCAUGGGAGUGACACCAAGAAGGAUGACGUCAGCUAUGACGUAUCGAUUACAUUCCUCCAGUCACCUGUAGCUCAGAACACAGGUGGCAGAGCUCCUUCUUAUGCCAGUCAGAGGGAAGAGGUCUUCCUCCAGGCCACCCUCCACAACCACAACCCCAAUCUGAGGCUCAUCGUGGAUACCUGUGUGGCUUCUCCUGAUGUCAGUGACUUCACAACUGUCAAAUACGAUUUGAUCCAGGAAGGGUGCAUCAAAGACAGUUCCUACUCCAACCUCCAUUCCCCUGAGAAGAACGUGGCCCAGUUCAAGUUCAAUGCCUUCAGCUUCCUCAAAAGCUAUGACGUGGUCUACCUGCAGUGUAAGGUGGCUGUUUGCCGAAUCGGGGACCACUCUCCCCGGUGCUCACAAGGCUGUACCCAGCGGGAAAGGAGAGGGACAGGCUCUGCAGAGGUCAGAGGAGGAGAAACUGAGUCUUUCCAAACAGUGGGGCCACUGAGGAUCCACAGAGCGGUUAGUGGAGAGCAAGGCCCUGGUGUGAUUUCUUCUGCCCUCACAUGAGUACGUCAGAAAACUGGA